GGCAGAUACAAAAGCCUGAUCGUGAGGGCCGGAGUCCGGUGUCCGGUAAUUGCUGAGGUUCUGGCUAGUUUUCGUUUUGCUUCUUGCCAACACCCAUGGUGAAUUUUACUAUCCUCGCAGGAGGAUACACCUCCUUCAUCGCCUCGUAUAUGUUCAAUAGCGAGACGAACACUUUGACAUAUCUGAACCAGUACAUCACUGGCGGCAAUCCAACUUGGAUAAUCUCGCACCCUACGAACAAGAGUGUUCUUUAUGCAGUCAAUGAGAAUCAGCCUACAGGCGCACUACAAUCAUUCAUGGUCGGGCCUGAAGGAGCACUCACCCUCGUCGAAACUGCAUACUCUGGAGGAAGUGGCCCGCCGUAUUGUAGCGGUCUCUCCACGGGUCAGGUAGCCAUAGUCAACUAUGGCUCCGGAACUGCGCGUGUGAUCCCCACAACAGAUCCGCUGCAUUUCUCCGCCGAUGAUAGCACCAUUGUGACAUUCCCUGUCCCAACCGCCGGAACGCAGGGCGUGUCCGAACCACACAUGGUAUACCAAUAUGGCGAGGAGCUCUUGAUCCCUGACAAGGGCAACGACAAAAUCUGGCGUCUCGGCCAGAACGGGUCACCAGGUGACUUCUCAGUACACGGUCAAAUCGCGCAGCCGAUCGGUAGCGGCCCACGGCACAUCCAGAUCUACGAGAACCAGCUCUACACAAUCCAUGAGCUCGCAAGUACCUUAACACUCCAAGACUUCCCGGCAUACCCCAACUUCUCCACUCCCCUAAUCUCCAACGUUUCCACUGUCCCAAAUUAUCAGCCCGCAGGCUCCAGCUUCGCAGCUGCCGAAAUCCUUAUCCCACUUCCAACAACCGAGUUCCCCACCCCUUACAUCUAUACCUCGAACCGCAACACUGGUGUACAGGACUCACGUGGGGAUACGAUCGCCAUUUUCGAGAAGGUGAAUGGCCAGUUGGUCCUAAGGAAUCAGGUAUACACGGGCCUGAACCAGAUUCGCGGCAUGAUGCAUGGGCAGCAAGCCGGCGAGGGAGGUGAUGCAUAUAUUGUAGCGGCCGGAUUUGCGGGUACUGCAGGCGUCAAGGUGUACAAACGAACGGAGGGAGGAGCGAAUUUGGAGGAGGUUGCAGUGAAUACAGAGCUUCCAACGCGGACGAGCUUCGUAUGGUUGAAACAAUAGAGGAUAAGAUACACUCAGCAUUAAUGCAGACAGUCUGCUGUCUAAUCGAGGCGCGAUGCAAACACAAGUAACAAUGACCUGAAUGUGGAGAGAAAAGACUCUUCGUGAGUACUAACACAUAAACUGAUACUAGAUGAUACCUUAGAGAAGAGACGAGCACGACGUUAGUUUAGCGCUU